GUCAUAGCAGGCAGGGCCCUGGCACUGCUGCGCUGGCCCUGAGCCGUGGCUGGGGCUGGCAGGAGGUAGCCAGUUUCUGGUUUUAUCAGACUCGUUCCCUGCUUGGGAUUUGACUGAGAGGAAGACCCAGCAGGGCAGCAGAUGUGCAGAUCCGCCUGAGCUGGGGCCCCCCUCAGCCGCCGCGAUGAGGUACGCCCCGGAGAUAAAGAAGUCACCGCCGCACCUGCUCAAGAAGUUUGCAGUGUGUGACAUCCCCCUGUACGACAUCUGUGACUACAAUGUGUCCAGGGACCGCUGCAAGGAGCUGGGCUGCUGCUUUUACAAAGGCGUCUGCUAUGAGAAGGCGGUCCCCGUUUACGUCCAGGUGUUCUCCGCCCUGAUCGUCAUCAUCGCCGGGGCCUUCAUCAUCACCAUUAUUUACAGAGUUGUUCAGGAGAGCAGGAGGGAGAAGAAGUCUUCCGCGGAAGUCACGCUGAUGUCCGAGUCCAGCGAGAAGCCCGAGCCGCCCCCGUCCGUCAGCGAAGUGGAGGCCCCGCCCGUGAGCGAUGAGCCCUCCAAGAAGAGCGAGGAAGGAGCUACCUUUACCAUCUCAGAAGCCGAGGAGACUGAGGAAUGAGGUGCGGGAAGGGGUGCGGGCUGCUGGGAGCCCCCCCAACCCUGGCUGGGACCGCCGCUAGGGGAUGUGAGCAAGUGACUGCCCCACGAGAAGAAAAUAAAUGUAUUUUGAAAAUUG